GUAAUGAAACAUGUUACUGCCGGAUGCCAGCUGCCGUAAAACACCGAAGAAGAAGCAGUCAUUGCAGCCCGCGAAACAAGCCAUUACGCGCACAGACCGAGUGGAGAUUCCUGAGCUACAUACACCCCAAAGGCUCUUUUCAGAGCCAUACCCAAUGUCUUUGUCCUUCAGCUACACACACCCCAAAUGCUCUUAGCCAUAUUACCCAGAGUCUUUGGCUUUAUUUUGCAUUGUCCGCCACUGCCUCCAGAGUUUUUUUCCUGGCAUCUCGUUUCGAGCUGCAGUAAUGAAAUGGAGUAAAGAUGCAACAGAGGAGAUAAGAAAACAUACUUCGGACCAUCUUAAGCAUGCACCAUCAAGAAAUGGAGGGGAGACACAUAAUGAAUAUUAAAAAGCCAUAUAGAUUUUUGUUUAUGAUUUGUUUUUAUGUUACCUUUUAAAAGGCAAAUUUAUACCCACUAAUUAUUAUAUACGUACACACACGCUGUCACACCCGUCAGCUGGAGUGUCCUUGUGCUUCACCAAAGGGCACAUCCCACAUCAUAGCACACUACAUUGCCCAUAAUCCUUUGCUAGACUCAAACAUGUUCACCUGUUUCCCAUUAGCCUUGCCAACUCCACUGCCCUGUGCAGUUCAGCUCCAACCCUAUUUAAAAACACCUGUCUGUUAUUUUUCUAGUAAUUAUGAUUAUCUUGAUUAGCUGGCUCAGGUUUGUUUGGGUUGGAACUGAACUCUGCAGGACAGAAGAUCUCCAGGAGAAGGAUUGGGCACCCCUGGUCUAGUUAAACCCCUUGUUUUCAUUCAUUGUUGGCGAAGUCUUGUUUAGUGUUAACACUGUAUUUCUGAGUAUUGUUGCCUGUUGGAUUAUCAUGUAAUACCUUGGAUUGUAUUUUUUUUGUCUUUUGAACCUCUGCUGCCUGACAUUUGAACUUUCUAUAGACGUCCUAUGGACAUCAAUAUUGGACGUCCAGAAGAUGUCAGAAAAACUUUCAUUCUGGCUCCUCAGGGGGCGUAUUUUCAACAUUCGACAAAGACGUUGAAAAGACGUACUUUUGCUCAGUGGGAUGUACAGUUUUGUUGGGUUCCUGCGCAUAUGUUGGCGUGAAGGGCAAUGAGAAGGCAGAUGAGAUUGCAAAGAGAGCGUUGAAAUUAAAUGAGAAUGAAAUCAUGAAAGUUACAUUUGGAAAAGGCGAGGCCAAAUCAUGAAUAAAUAGGCAGUGAGGGAUUUGUGGCAGAAGAAGUGGGACACAGAUAACAAAGGAAGACACUAAUAUAACAUACAAGAGUCAAUCACGGUGAAAACACAAAGGGAAGUGUAGAAAAGAGGACGUGGUUCUUGCAAGGUUAAGACUUGGACAUACAGGAUUAAAGUCAACUUUGUAUUUAAUGACAAAAUGCGAUUCUGAUAAAAAUGACGGUUGUAAUGUAGCAGAAAAUGUAGAGCAUGUCAUUUUGUGGUGCAAUAAAUAUAAUGCAGAGAGGAUCGUUUUACGUGACAAGAUGUAUGAAUUAAAACAAGGAUAGAAUUUGGAAGGGAUUUUAGGAAGGAAUGAGGGACUGUUGUAAGGCUCUAUUUCGUUUUCUAAGAAAUACAGGAUUACAUCAGAAAAUAUAGGUAGGGUAUAAUUUAAAAAGGAAAGGAAAUAAAGAGGAAGAAGGAAAGAAAAGAAAAGAAGGAAAAGUGAAGGAAGAAAUGAAAGAAAAGAAGAAAAAUAGAAACAUAUAAAGCUUAUUAUUAUUAUUUAUAUUUAUAAUUUUGUUUUUAAUAAAGAAUCUAAAACCCUGAUGUUACACACUCCUGUACAGUAGGUGGCGGUAUGCACCUAUAAAUGCUGGUGGGCUUUCGUUUACAGACAUGCCGGGGCGGUGUAUGCACGUGUGCGUGCUUGAUUAAAACACCACACACAUCAAUCAAUUGUCUCACGCAUGCAGUCUUGUUUACUGAUCAUCUUUACUAAUAACAUGAAGACGAUCUAUUUACUCUUUAUUACCAUCAACGGUGUGUUUGGUGAUGAGACUGAGAGAGUGUCAGUGAAUGAUGGAGAUUCUGUGACUCUACACACUCAUUUUACUGAACUAAAGGGAGUUGAUCCGAUAGUGUGGAGGUUUAAUGGCUCUCGCAUAGCUAGAAUCAACAAAGCAGUCAACAGUGAUCCAGUUUAUGACCCUGAUGAGAGAUUUACUGACAGACUGAAGAUGAACCCUCAGACUGGAGAUCUCACCAUCACAGACAUCACAUCUGAACUCACUGGACUUUAUCAACUAGAGAUCGAUGGAAAGAACCAUCCAAAGUCAUUCAGUGUCAGUUUGUCUCCUGAAGUGAAGAUAGUGAAAGAGAGAGAUUCUGUCACUCUACACAUUGAUGUUACUGAUGAACAGAGAAAUGACCAGAUACACUGGAAGAUCAAACACAACAAUUCUCCUGUAGCUGAAAUCAUUAUAGUGAAUGGAAAGAUCUCAACACAUUUGAUUGAUGAGAGAUUCAGAGACAGACUGAAGCUGGAUGAUCAGACUGGAUCUCUCACCAUCACACACAUGAAGAAUGAAGACUCUGGACCGUAUGAAGCAGACGUCACCAUCGGACACACACACACUAUACACAAGACAUUCAGUGUCACUGACUCAGCUGGAGGCGUGUCUUCAGUGUCUUCAGGUGUUGUAGCAGGAUCAUGUGUUGGUGGUCUGCUGGUUAUCGCUGCUGUUAUUGUUGCUGGUGUGUUCUAACAUCAUCACAGAUCGUCUAGAACAAGCACACAAGAGGGUUCCAACAGGUGAAGUGAGUUAGAGGAACAAGCGAUAAAUGAGAAAUCUGUUGGCAGCAGUGAUGCGUCUUCAGUCUGACGCUAGGAUGCUGUUCAGAUGCUCAGCAAGCUCACCCUCCAUCUGCCACAGCGGCAGGGAUCACACCAGCCCCCACCUAGGUUACAAACAUUUCAGUAGAAAUUUCCAUUGUUCUCAGUACCAAAGAAGUACAGUAGAGCAGGCUAUUUGAACAAGUACACAGUAGGAAAGUUUUAAAGGUGUCGUGGCUUUUUAAAAAAUGUUAUACUGUUAUCUAAGGUCAACUCUUAUGAAAUAUGGAGGUUUUUACAUUCAGAAACAUCCAAAUAAAUAAGCAAUAGGCUAUUUUUGAGGCCGGCUCGAGAAACGCUCGGUUUUUAUGGGCGGGCCGCAUUGAAGACUUGGAAGUAAACGCCCACUGCUAUGAUUGGAUAACAGUACUGGUGGACACGCACUGGAGGUUACACAUAAUCAGGACAUAUCAAGCGAUCUCGAACAAAGCAAUAGUGACGCAUAGUACAAAUAUCUUUUACUCACACAAUAUUGCUGCGCCAUUCCUGUCAGAUCCAAUAUUGAUGGCACUGCAUUGCUUUUUAAUCUCAGUCUCUCUGCAAAUCCAGCGUUUACCUGUGCCUUGUUUACAAAGAAACCGGUGAAAUGAAGCAAACAAGUUAAAAUUGAUUUCUUAUUCACGACACCUUUAAAAGUACGCAAACUGAAAGCAUUAACAGUCGAGGAGGAGAAAUAGAUUUGUAUUUGUACAUUUAUAUUUGAAUUCCUUUGAAUACUUGAACUGCCUUACACUAUGCAGUCUCUUUGAAUGUUGCAUAACCACAACAGCAUUAUAUAGCAUGACAAGAACAUGAAGGAAACAUGCAUUAAUUAGGAAAAUGUAUGUAAGAAAAUAUGAAUAUGUCGUGGAAAACAACACGUGUGUGUUAAUUUAUAGACAUUCCAUGCUUGAAGUGUGGGGCUUUGCGCAGCGAUCGUAGACAGACCUUCAUCUCAAACACGGGGGGAAAGCCCUGGGAAGAUCAAUAAUACCAGAAUGACAAUCUGAGUUGAGAAACAUGUUGUUUCUGGUGUUUGUCUAUUUAAAUGUAAAUGAGCUGCUAGUCUCCGCCCCCUUUCCAGCAGAACACUCUGGGCUCUGAGACUGUAAUGACAAAACCAGAAAGAAGGGUCACAUAAAGCAAAAGAAAAACACUGCGCCUUGCCUUUAAUCGCCCAACACAUUGCUUUAUUUUAAUGAAAGUACUCAUGACAAAUGGGUGUUUACAAACCAUAUACGUUGCUUCCUUUAAGUCAUAUCAUGGCUGUGAUUAGGUCAGAGGCCAAAAGACUUGAAUGUAAUAUCACAGUCAUGUUGGUGCUGGUAUUACUAGGCCACAGUGCUGCCUUUGACACCUUGUGAAUCUGUUAAUGAUUGUAUGUUGUCAGGUACAGUUGUGUGUUUUUUUAAUAGACUGUGCCAUUGACUGACUGAAACCUGGUCGGUCUCGAAGCUUGAAACCUUCCAAUGACUCAUUUGCCAUGUAAUGAAAAUUGAAACUGCUGGGUGACACCGUUUCAGACCAUAACAAACUGACUGUUUUCUCUUUACAGCUUUUCUAAACUGGCGGACUUGCCAGAAACCUUACUAAAAACAAAAAUGCCAAGUAUUGAGCACUUUCGCAUUUGACUGCACACCGACUGCACUUAAUCCAAAAGGGAAUUCAGAAAAUUAAGCUAGCUGCCCCGAUGUUAUUUCAUAUAACAGAUGUUUUCAUAACGUCCACAACGCGGAAUAAUAACUUUAUUUACAAAAAAUAGGCCAGUUCAAUAGAUUACAUACACUGCUACCUAGAUAAUCAAUAACGGUUUUUGUGUGAUAUUUAAAAAAACGGUCCUAUAAUAAUUGGUGUCAAAGUGUUAUUAACAUUCCAGCAAGUAUGAAGCAUUUCGAGCCAUCUGUUUAUAUUUUUGUAAGCUUUUUUUGUGCAUCUCAUGGUAGAUAAAUGAAAUGCACUUUAUGAAAUUCCAUGUUUAAAGUCAUCUGCACAUUGUACAAAUGUAAAUGGUUAUUAUUUAAAGUGUGUUUUAAUAAAGUGCAUUUUAACUAAUAUAAUUUGGCUGUGAUUGUGUGUUUUCUUAUAUUCGAGUAUAUCAGAGCGUUACCCGUUCCAAGACAUUUGUAGGCCUUUAGGAAAACUUUAAGUAACAUUAUU